CAACUGAGAUUUGGUUUCGAAGAAAUCACAAUGAAGACUUUAUUCAUGAUGGCUCCCAUUAUCACGCUUAUACUUGGUCUGCAAGGCGUGGUGGUACAAGGCUCCGAGAAUGCACCCACAACAGAGGCUUGCGGCGAAGGAGAAGUUUGGAAAAACUGUGUCGGGGGCUCAUGUGCCGAGCUCACCUGCGAACACCCCAAACCUCCGAAUGGAUGCACCAAGGACUGCAACUACGGUUGCUACUGUGGCGAGGGCUACUACUGGAACUCCCAGGAACAAUGCGUCGCGAAGGAACAGUGUACUUGAAAGCUAGGUUGUCUAUUACGGCUAUUGC